AUGACAGCUCUUUCGAGUUCCGACAACUCCAGCCAGGAGAAGGAAAUCAGCCAUGCAGCUCCGACCAACGCCGAUAUGGACGACCUUCGACCAUCCCACCUCGAGCACUAUGGUCCACUAUCACACGUGAACACUGUGGAGUCUCGGCUACCUGCAUUUGCAGGCGAAUUGCAACCAGGUCUCUAUCGGACGCCCAAACUUCGCAAGUUCGCAAAUCCUGCACCUCUAGGUCUCUCAGGCUUUGCCUUGACCACGUUUGUACUGGGUUGUAUCAACAUGGGAACACUUGAUAUUACGGAGCCGAACAUGGUUGUCGGUGUUGGUUACGCUUACGGUGGGCUGGUCCAGCUUCUCGCCGGCAUGUGGGAAAUGGCUGCUGGAAAUACAUUUGGUGCCACUGCUCUAUCUUCAUACGGUGGCUUCUGGAUAGCCCUGAGCAUGACAUUUACCCCCGGACUGUCAGUUAUGUCAGAGCUUAAGAAGGCUGAUAAUGGGUCAACCGACAUGUUCUAUAACUCUUAUGGGCUGUUCCUUAUGGGUUGGUUCAUCUUCACAUUCAUCCUCCUCCUGUGCACUCUCAAAUCGACAGCGGUGUUUUUCACCCUUUUCCUUUGUGUCGAUGUGGCGUUAAUGCUGCUUGGAAUCGGACACCUCCAUCGCGAUGCCCUGGGAAACCCUAAUCCACCAAUCCUCAAGGCCGGUGGUUUGUUUGCGUUAAUUGCUGCCUUCUUGGCGUGGUAUUCUGCCCUCGCAGGUAUUGCGGACGAUAGCAACAGCUUUUUCAUUAUUCCUGUCUUUCACUUCCCGUGGUCGGAGAAGGGUAGGGCUUCCAGACGAGAGGCCGCCGCCGCUGCUGCUGCUGUUUAA